CAAUGUUCCCCUUGAGCCUGUGUAAGCAUCAGGUCAAAUCAGUAAAAAAAAACAACAGAAAAGUUGUUUUUAGUUAGUUAGUUUUUUUUGUUCUGUUUCCAUCCCGCAUAGUAGGUGGCGGGAUGCACAUUCAAUUGUGUGAUCGCCAAUACACCAUAGAAGAAGAAUGGAUGUAGCUAUAAAAAUGAAACGUGCCCGGUGAUGGUACGGUAGCAGCAACUUCGCAGCGGUGCAUUGACACGUGUCUUUUCAGGUGUCAGUCCAGAGUGCGUAUAGAGCAGUAAAGAUGUCCAUGGUCCUGUUUGCCUUGGUGAUGAGGAGUACGGAUGGUCUACCCCUGUCUGCCACCACAGACUAUGAGCAGGAUGAAGGCCUACAGGAAAUCAAGAAUCAAAUCAAAACUCUGUCUGAGAAACUCUCCACGUUCCCAAGCCGCUGCUCUCUGAAGACAGGAAAGUUCAAUAUCCAUUUCACCAGUUCUCUGGGAAUAGGAUAUCUGGUGGCGUGUACGGAGAACUGUCCCAACGCCAUGGCCUUCUGUUUCCUGGAAGAGCUGCAGAAUGAGGUUCUCCAAAGGUGCGACGGCUUUCUCAUCCGCAACGCUGUGAGGCCUUACUCCUUCAGCGAGUUUGAUGACUUCCUCCAGGAUACGAAGCAGCGCUACAAUAGCUCCUGCUCUCUGACCUCUAAGAUCAACCUGGCUGACAUGCAGUCAGAGCUCAAGAUGAUACCGACAUACCAGCUGUCCCCUGAGGACCUACGGUUCGGCUUCUCACGCCGCAAGGUCUUCCAGUACAAGAGCAUAUCUCCCAGCCAGCAGUUUGAGCCAGUGUCUCUACCUGGCAUCAUCUCCUGUGUGCUAAGCAUCUUCUGUGGAGGCCUCAAUCUACUCCAAGGGUUUCAUGCCAUAGAGGGCUUUAUGCAGAGUUACAACAACGAAGACUUCAAUGACAUGAUUUCCUUUUUCCUGGGCACAGCAGCCUGUUUGUAUCAGUUUUACCUGUUUGCUUACUUCUCUGUGAGGAGGAACAGCAAGUCAUUCCUGGCCUUCGCCCUGAUCUGUCUGUCCAACAUCUGCCUGUUUGAACUGAGGAGCGUGUGGCAGAUCCUCUUCCACGUGACUGUAGCGGCCUUCAUGACACUACAGAUCAGACUGAGGCAGCUGCAGUGCAAAUCUCCGGACUACAACGUCUGACAAACCACAACCACGAGACUUACAACCAAACAACGAGGGGGGAGACUAAAACAAACCACAACCACGAGACUUACAACAAGAGGGAGGGGGGAGACUAAAACAAACCACAACCACAAGACUUACAACCAAACAACAAGAGGGGGAGGAGAGACUAAAACAAACCAACUUUGUCUGAAAGAUACUUACCGCCAACUGCAAAACUAGAAACCACUACAAUGUCUAAGGAAAAGAGGUAUCUCUGCCUUUAUCUUCCUCCCGUUGCGUCUCCACCACAGCUCAGGAACGAUGGAUGCUGAGCUCACUCUAGAGUGACCUCAAGUGAUGCAGACCAAUAGGAUUAAUGGGUGGUGCCGCUACAGCUAAAUUAUUAGUUAAUUGGCUAAUAACAAUCAUGAAUGUCUUUGGAAUUAACAGGAGUCUGAACAGGGGUUUCUGUCUUAGACUGUUAGUAAAUUGGACUACUGGAGACCAGGGUUUGUUAAUGUGGUCCUCUUUUUGCCAUGUGUACUGCAUGUCCAGUGAGGGUUAGGCCAGUACUCAACUGUCAUUCUCUGAAUCCCUGACAUCCCAUACGUGUCUCACAUGUUUAGACCAUAUUUGUAGUUCAAUUUUUUUGUUGUUGACAUGGCUAGUAAAUAUUUGUAUUGAUUAUGAAUUUACUUUUGAAUAAAUGAUGUGCAUGAUUAUGGUCUACUUUUAUUUUGGCCAGUGAUUUUUAUUUUUUUAAGGCAUGCAAUUAUGAACACUUACUAAGCCUGUAAUGUCCAUGUUUUCAUUUGUUGCAGGCAUCAGUCAUAUGCUAUUGCUUGAUAGAGUUGGGUAUGGCAUAUGUUUAAACAAGUGGUGUUAUCCCACUGUCAGCAUUGUCCUCAUCUUGUCAACUGACAGACCCCUGGUGCAGAGGUGGUAACAGCAGCCACUGCUGGAAAUUAUUUAAUUUAGCUGUGAGCCCUCACCAACCCCAUAUUUGAGGGUAUUAGAUAAUUUACUGAUGAGUUAAGGAAUUGUGCAAUGAGUGUUAUGCUUUUUAUUUUGGGUGUAUCCAUGGCCAGUGUCAGUCAGACUAGAUCUAUUAUCUCCACUCAUGUUUAGUGACUAAACAUGGAACCAAGUAUUAAAAACCAAUUGAACUAC